UUCUCACCUUUCUCUUCUUUUCUCCAUUCAUUUGCAGACGGCGAUGGCAGCAGGAAAGACCAGUGCCGAACCCAGUGUAGUGCCUCCCUCCAAGGCAGCCAAAGCACCUGCCUCUAAGGCAUCCAAGGCACCCGCUUCCACCUCUGCCACUGGCGGGAAAAAGUCUGGACAACGCAAGGCAUCGACGGAAGGGGAAAAUGGAGAGAAAAAGAAGAAGAAGAAAGCGAGAAAGGAAACCUAUAGUUCCUACCUCUACAAGGUUCUCAAACAAGUUCACCCGGAUACCGGUAUCUCCAAUAAGGCAAUGGCUGUAUUGAACUCGUUUGUAAACGAUCUGUUCGAGAAAAUAGCAACGGAAGCAAGCAAGCUCGCUUCAUAUACCAAGAAAUCUACCAUCUCAUCCAGAGAGAUACAGACCGCCGUGCGCCUCAUUCUUCCCGGUGAACUUGCCAAGCACGCCAUCAGUGAAGGGACCAAGAGCGUCACCAAGUUUUCUGCGUCCUCUGGGAGUUAGACGUGUCAGGCCCACAUCUUCGCUCAGCCCAUUUAGGGUAUGUCAACAUCGAGAUUACUUGACACCCCUGGCAUAGAACAUGUAGCAUAGUAUAUCUCUCACUCUGUAAAU